UCGUAGAGAGGAGUUAUGAACGCUGCCAAGCAAAUUGUGAGUGAGGCAAUUGUGGAAAACCUUGACAUCCUCAAAUUUUCUCCUUCAACCACCGUAAGGGUGGCUGACCUGGGUUGUUCAGUUGGGCCUAACACCUUCUUUGCAGUGCAAAACAUACUAGAAGCUAUUGAGCUCAAGUGCCAAAACCAAGGGCUCGAUUCCCAAAUCCCUGAAUUCCAAGUCUUCUUCAAUGAUCACACCUCCAAUGACUUCAACUCUCUAUUCUCAUCCCUCCCUCCCAAUAGGCGAUAUCACGCUGCUGGGGUUCCGGGUUCUUUCUACUCUCGCCUGUUUCCCAAUCGCUCUCUUCAUAUUGUUCAUUCAUCCUUCGCCAUUCAGUGGCUUUCAAGAGUGCCAAAGAAGGUGGUGGACAGAAGUUCUCACGCCUGGAAUAAAGGAAGGAUCUAUUACCCAAGUGCUGCGGAUGAAGUUGUUGAGGCCUAUUCAGCUCAGUGUGCAGAGGACAUGGCACGGUUUUUGCAGGCGAGGGCACAAGAGAUUGCAGAUGGAGGGUUGAUGAUCCUAAUCUUUGCAGCCCGCCCUGAUGAAAUUCCUCAUUCUCAACUCGUUGCCAAUAUAAUGCACGACAUGUUGGGAUGUUGCCUCAUGGACAUGGCCAAAAAGGGAAUAGUAAGUGAAGAGAAAGUGGAUAUGUUCAACUUGCCAGUGUAUCACAUGUCUGACCAAGAGCUGGAAGCGGCUGUAGAGAGAAAUGGAUGUUUCAGCAUUGAGAGAAUGGAGAGCCUACCUCCCAUCUCAACUACUUUACAGUCACUUGUAAGCACUCGUCAUAAAGCCCAAGCGAUCUCAUUCCACGUAAGAGCUGCCAUGGAGGACCUCAUCAAGGCACAUUUUGGAGAAGAGAUCCUAGAUCAACUCUUUGACUCGUAUUCUAAAAAACUUGAACAAGAGUAUUCCCUGAUUGAGUCAGCUGGGACAUCAGCACUGAACUUGUGUGCUGUGCUCAAACGCAAAACUAUGAAUUGCUGAGACCGUCCUCCUUUCUUUACCUUUCCCUGUGAUUUUUCCCUUGCUUCAUAACAGCACGAGAGGGUAUUUUGUUUCAAACUUGUGGUUACAUUACAGAUUUGCUUUCAGAGGGUAAUCAUCAAGACUGCUUUUGUAU